CUUAUCCGCGUGGGAGCGUACGUCGUUGCGUCAGCAGGCGGCGAGCGCGCGGAACAUGUGGAGUAUGUCCUUACUGCUGCUGGCGACCGUGGCGGCGUCCCGCGAGUCUGCGGGCCGGGACCGGGGCCGGGCGGAAGGUGCUGUAGGAUGCAGUGAGGAUGAGCUGCUGUGUUUGAAUGGGCGCUGUGUUUCUGUGCUGAUGUUGUGUAAUGGAAAAGACGACUGUAAUGACUGGAGUGAUGAGCAGAAUUGUACUAUAUCAGAAUGUGGACAUCAUGAGUUCCAGUGCAAUAAUUCCUCAAUCUGUAUCUCCAAGUACUUGCUGUGUGAUGGUCACCAGGAUUGUCCUUCAGGGGAUGAUGAAUCUGAUGACCUUUGCAAGGACACAGCAAUGCAGCUUGGAAACUGUGGGGAGUUUGAGUUCCAGUGUAAUACUGGACAGUGUAUAGGGCUUCAGUCAGCUUGUGACAACUUUCCUGAUUGCACCGAUGGUACUGAUGAGGCAAAUUGUGAUCGGAAUGAGUGUUUGGAAGAAAAUGGCAAGUGUUCUGAUUAUUGCUGGGACCUUCCUUUGGGUUAUGAAUGUGCUUGUCCAUCUGGAUUGGAGUUGAUAAAUCACUUCACCUGUGUAGGAGAGGAGCCAUUUGUGAUUUUCACCAAUCAGGGUGACAUCAGGAAGCUGAGUAUUAAUAGAAUGGAAUACGAAGACUUAGAUGACAAUUUGAAAAAUGCAGAAAUAUUAGCCACUAAUAUAGCCUCAUCAACAAUCUAUUGGUCAGAUGCAACCAAUCAGGGAAUUUUCAGCAAGUCUAUGGACCGAGAAAGCAAACUGAUCAUCAGAGAUGUGCAAAGAAUUGGUGGGAUUGCUGUGGAUUGGAUAUAUGGCCACAUUUACUGGACUGAAUCUGAAGUCAGGAUGCUAUCUUUUGCUACUCUGGAUGGAUUGACAAGGAAAACAUUAUUCAGUGAGAAUCUAGUAAAGCCUGCAGCUGUGGUGGUUGACCCAUACUCGGGUGUCUUGUACUGGGCCGAUGUGGGAAAGCCAGCAAAAAUUGAAAGGGCUGGAAUGGAUGGAAUUGGCCGAAGCAUUCUGGUCAGCAUUGGGAUUGAGAAGCCUACAGGGCUUUCACUGGACUUUAUAAAGAAUCGUCUGUAUUGGGUGGAUGCUGGACUUCAUGAAGUAUUUUACUUAGAACUGAAUGGGUACCAUCAAAGAAGUGUUCUUCAUUCCAGAAAGUACCUGACAAAUCCAUUUGGGCUGGCAGUGUUUGAGAACUGUAUCUACUGGUCUGAUGAGGAAAGCAGGACUCUGUACAGUGCUGAGAAGUUUACGGGAGCUAAUGUGACAAUGCUGGCACAAAAUCUCACAGAGCCACGGGGCUUAGUCAUGUUUCACAAACUGAUGCAGCCAACUGGGAAGAACUGGUGUGUUGAAGGUCGUGCAGACUGUGAGUUCCUUUGUGUGCCGGCAAUUCACAUUCCUCAGCACUAUGCAUGUCUUUGCCCAGACAAUCUGAAACCUGAUGAGACUGGACAUGGAUGUAGAGAGGAGGUGAAUUGGAGUCCAUCCCAGGAGGAGGGAGAGAAUUCAGACAUGUCCCAGGAGGAGAAAUACAAAGGAGCUGAUCUGAGCAAUUUUGACGUAGUAUCUGUUGGAAUUAUUGCAGCGAUAGUGUUCCUGACUGGAACUGUUGUGACUUGUGUUACUGUCCAUUGGAGAAUGAUUUUUAGUCGCAUCAAGAAAUCACGCUGUUAUUCCCCAGUCCGCCUCUCUGCUAACAGUUCACUGAUCUACAAUGAACAAUACUCUGAGACUAUUUCCCAGCACUCUUUAUUGUGAGGAUGAAGAGGGACACAUUGUUAAGGGCAGGACUUGCAUUUUUGUCAGCAAUCCUGUGGUAGGUGGUAUUGUUCAUGUGACUGGAUACGCUGAAGAUCAUUGAACUGUUAAUGUUAUUGCUCAGGGUAUUGAUAAAGUAUUUAUUUAUAAUGUUCUGAUAUUAUUUAUUGUGGGAUUUAAUUUGGUGCACAGCAAGGGAAUGUGUCAAAAAAGCUUUUCAUCAAUGUUCCAUUAGGAACCAUUUAUCUGAUCCACAAAUAAGGCCAAAAUCAGAUGCUGUAAUUAAACACUCAAUGAGCCUUCCAACUGCACUGAAUAAUAUUAACAUAACUAUAAGAAGCUUCUUGGACACAUUCCCUCAGUGUUAAUCCCAUCAAUUUCUGUGCAAAUGUCACGUGAAAAUAAAAUUAAAUUUGCUGUUGAAUCUGUUAGCCAAGAACAGAGUUCCCAUGAUUUUCUUUUUUUUUUUGUUUUUGUAUCCCUUUCAUUUAUGUUCCCCUUGUAUACUUGUGGUCACUCCUGUCCUUAUUUCUGAGUGAGGUCUCCUUCUCACCGGCCUGGUUCACACAGUCUUGGUGAAGAUCCACUACAAUUGUUUGUUUGUGCGUAUGGUUCCUUACCCAUAUUUUCUGGAAGGUUCAAGAUAAAAGCUGAAAUACAAAUUUGAUCAUAGAUUUAAAAUGCAAUCACAGCAUCCUCAGUUAUUCAGACUUUACACAGUUUGAAAUAUCUGGAACUUGGAAAAGAAACAAAGCAGUGGCUGCCUAGUACUGUUUAUUGCAAAUUUUUUGUGCCAAAUUUUGCUGCUCAUAUUUGGAAGACUGUCUGAAAUAGUGUGGAAACACACAUUGACGUAACUUCUGCAAGGUAGUAGACAGGUAAACAUUUCCAGAUCUAAUCCUCAACUGAAAACUAAACAAGCUGUUAAUUGGAGCAGAAUCAACUGUGAAAGAACAAAUGAUGCAAGAAAUACUGACAUUCACUUUGCUUAAAAGUGGCAGGUAUGUUCUGUGAUCCAAAAUUCACCUUGAACAGAAGGCAUUUUCAAUUGAAAUGACCUUCAAUCAUCAAUCUGCUAUGAGAACCUAUCACCUAUGUUUAGAUACUUUGUUGUAAUUUUGUUCUGUAAAAUUAAUACUGCCUUUGGAUUAAUACUUUUUCAAAAGCCUGACAAGUGAUUAAUAACAUUUUGUGCUAAACUUCUGCUUGUAAACAGUCACCCCAAGCACAUCCUUGUGCUGUUUAUUUCUACAUUACUGAAGGGAAAUCAAAUAUCUGAUAGUGACUGCAGUUUAUGGAAUUGUUAGAUGUGGUUGAAAGACUAAUUCUCGGAUCCCUGUGUUGAAUUAAUUAUUAGUAAAGUGUUUGUGUGUUUAAGCCAUUAACCAACAUUCUGUUGGCCUGUAGUGCCACUGGAACGGUUGCUGGGAUGCAGGCUCUUGCCGAAGAUGCAAGCUCCUGAACUGGAGCCUAGUUUACCAAUAGCUUAGUCACUAUGUUUGUUCCCUGCUCAUUGCACUGCACAGGUUAGAUUUUAAACUGACCCCUGAUUAGAAAAGUACUUGAUUUCUGAUGGAAAUAGGUGACUGACCCAAGCUGCCAGCUUGACUCAGGGACAUUGUAGCCAAAAUCCAUGCUAACAUUCCCAUGAUCACCUCCUACAGCACAUUCUCUUUGUCUCUGAGCAGUUAGAAUUGCUAUUGCUGUAUCACUAUUAUUCCCUUUAAAUUCAUAAAUAUUCAAUUUACAAGAAGUUACACUGGAGUUAACAAGAACUGAAUGUUAAAACUAACAUUUUCACUGAAUCACGUGAAAGAAUAAUUUAGAAUAAUUGCGAAUCAAAUUUCAGCACAAGUUCGUGUUAAAUUUAUCAAUUUAAAAAAUCUUAUCUAUUUUAAUUAUUUUCAGCUGUGUCCUGUUACAUUGUUAAUUGAUUUUAAAAUGUUGGCAACAUUAAAUAACAGACUUAUGUUAAAAUCAAACUAUGCCACUGGGUUCAAUAAAAUCUCACAAAUCA